AUGGCAGCCCUGAGCAGAUUCAUCUCCAGACUCUCCGACAAAUCUCACGCCUUUUUCGGGACUCUCAAUAAUCCGAAGGAUUUCCAGUGGACGGGAGAAUGUGAAUCCGCUCUCCAAGAGCUAAAAUCGUAUCUUAACACUCCUCCUCUCCUGUCCAAGCCACUACUCGGCGAAGUCCUGCUGCUAUAUCUAGCAGUCUCCGAACACGCCGUGAGCGCCGUCUUAGCCCUCCUCGACGCGGAGACCCGCUACAGCCACCUCGAAAAGCUGGCCUUAGUCCUCCACAAACCAGAAGUCUCCGGACGCCUAGCCAAAUGGUCCGUGGAACUAGGGGAGUACGACGUAAUAUUUCGACCCGCCACGGCUAUAAAGUCACAGGUCCUAGCAGACUUCGUGGCUGAAUUCUCCCUUGCCUUGCUCCCAGGUCUAGAGCAGGAGGUACGCCUCCAAGGCGAAACUAAGGAAGAAGGAGAAUGGAUCCUACACGUUGAUGGAUACAGCGACAUCAGAGGAGCUGGAGUAGGGAUAGUGCUUACCUCGCCAACGGGGAAUACAGCCUCAAGGGCCGUGAGAUGCAACUUCAAAGCAACCAACAACGAAAGCGAGUAUGAGGCCCUGAUCGCAGGCCUAAACCUCGCUCACCAAAUGGGGGCAGAGAACAUCCAGGUCUUCGUUGACUCCCAGCUGAUAAUUAACCAGAACUCAAAAGCAGAUGCCCUGGCUAAUCUAGGGUCCGCCAUUGAAACGAGUAGCCAGAUGAAUAUCCCUCUUCUCGUGCUUCAAUGGCCAGCAACCCUAAAGGAACCUCCGUCAGAGGAGGUCUCCGCUGUCGAAGAAACUGAAACCUGGAUGACCCCCUUAAUCCGGUACCUAGAGGCCGACACCCUCCCAGAAGGCCGUAGCGGGGCCAGAAGGAUCAAGAAGCAAGCCGCUAGGUAUUGUAUCUCCCAGGAGAAGCUGUACCGGAGAUCUUUCGCUGGCCGAUACCUGAAGUGUGUCACACCCCGAGAAGCUGCUAGAAUCCUUGUAGAACUACAUGAAGGAGAUUGUGGAUCCCACUCUAGCGGCAGAAGCCUAGUGCUCAGAGCCAGAAGGGCUGGUUACUACUGGCCCACGAUGGCCGCUGACGCCGACAGACAAGCCAAGCAUUGUGACCAAUGUCAAAGGCACGCUCCAGUCUCCAAGGUUCCCCCAGAGAACCUCAAGUCCAUACGCUCACCAUGGCCCUUCAGAUAG